AUGAAUGCCAAAAUACAUGAACAAGUGGAGGCUGCCAGGAAGGGCCUGGACCAAGCCAAGGAGGAGGGCCUUAAGCUUCAUGCUUCAUCCGAUGAUGACGAGGAUGACUUUUUGUCGCCGCCAGCCUCUGUGGAGCCUGCUCAGCCAGCCCGCCGUGGCCGUAAACCUAAGGACAAGGACAAGAUUGUCACCUCGACAAGGACCAGCGGUCGACUGCGUGGGGCCUCACCUGAAACGGAACCUGAGCCCACAACCCCUAGAGAAGUGCCUGAAAGACUCCGCUGCGGUCUGAGAGGACGAGGAGCUGCCAAAGACACUGGUACUGUGUCUACCACCCCGUCCCGCACAGACCAUCACAAAACCUCCUCGUCAACCAGGCUUCAAGAUUCCUCCAAGUCGUCAAAAGCCUCAUCUCCUGCCAGAGAUCACCAGACCAUCAAAACCAGGACUCUGCCAAACCGCUCCCAUCCCAGUCCAGUGCCUUCCCCUCCUACGACCUCUCCCCCUGGAGGGAAACAACAGUGUGUUGGGGAGACCGACAGCAAGACCUCCAAAGCCUGCAAAGAGGAGAGGGAAGGGGAGAAGGAGAGGAGGGUGUCUGAGUCUUCGCUAGAAUCCAGCUGCCCGGCGGACCAUCAGGCAAAAGAUGAUGACACCAAAGACCACAGCGCCAUGUCUCCCCCCUCCACCAGCUCCAGAUCACCUCGCAAGCGUCAGUCAGCAGAUGGUGAAGUCCUGCGGGGCCUGGUUGAAGACUCUCCAUCGGCCAAAGUCCUGCGAAAACUUCCAGGGAGGUUGGUCACGGUGGUGGAAGAGAAAGAGCCAAGGAGGAGGAGGCGAAGAGGAAGCGGGACUGGAGGUGGAACUUCUUCAGAGGAGGCCACCGUGGAGGAGAACACUGCCGGAUUCGUUGAUGAACCAAACAAAGACAACACGUCACUGAGCCCUGACAGCAAAACAAAAGGGACCGUUACCAAAUCUCCUCAGGACCAAGACUCUACUCCUAGUCCGUCUGUGCACCCACCGCCUGUCAGAAGUUAUCCUCCAUAUUCCCCGUCCCAUCUUUCUCCUGACAUGCCUGUGCUGAGAAAUCUUCCCGUGCGGCGCAGGCUGGAAACUGAAUCUCGCAUGGCUGCUCAGCUGGGAGAGCAACAGCAGCAUCUGGGUCGGGGAAGGGGAGGAAACCAGUCCAGAAAAACAGACGUACAACCAGGCAAAGAUGCCACUGCAACUUCCACAGACUCCAGUGUGAACUCUGUUGUGGCACCUUUGAAGAGAAAGAGGGGCCGGCCCCCUAAGACUCCCCCAAGGUUACCAGAGUCUGACAGCGCAGUGACCCCUUCUUCACAGCCCACCUCGCCAAGUGAGGAAGGGAAUCCUCCUCUUUCCCCGAAACGUAAGAGAGGUCGCCCUCGCAAAGACUCCACAACUGCACCAGAGACUGUCAGUGAAGGACAUAACUCUAAAAAUGAGACCACAACUACUGGUGUAUCUGGUAUAUCCAAAACUGAUGCUAGCACAGAGCCAACUGUCUCACCUCCCCAUAAGUCAGAGACCCCUAUAGCUGCUGUCGUCACUACAAGUCACGCCUCCCAGUCUACCAAAGCUGAGGGAACAGAAACCAAGAGUGAGGUUACAUCCCCUUCUCCAAAUCCAGCUAAAGCCCCCACAGCAACAUCAACAACAGAUAAAGCUUCCACACCAGUUGCAGCUUCAGUGCAAGUACCCACUACACCUGCACCCCUUUCUGUGGUUGCCUCCACGUCAGCUUCAGCCCAAUUCGUUAGCUCAGCUCCAGCUCCAGUUUCAAGCCCAGACACAGCAGCAAUCCAGGUGUCCCCCGCAUCCUCUGUCCCACUUUCCACGUCUACCACCAUCCCAGUUACUGCUACCACCAUCCCAGUUACCGCUACCCCCACUACCACGGCUCCACUGCCACCUGCUAGCACCAUCACAUCAACUCUUCCAGGUGUAAAACCAACACUUGUGGUUUCCACUGCUUCUAAAGCUCCCGUAGAGCCAAAACCUUCAGUUUCUACAACUGUGAAAACAACAGGACCAGAUUCUGCCAAAACCGCCACAGUUGCCACUCCAACUGCUGCCACCCCAUCGACUGUGUCAUCUCCUGCCACGGCUGUCAAAGCAGUUCCCACAUCAGUCGCUGCUGCAACAAUCACAACAGCCGCUAACGUAGUAUCAAAAACAGUCAGCGUUACACCAGCAGUCACCACUACAGCAAAAUCAGUCACAGCAAAAAGUACAACUGUGAAGGAAUUGAAGCAAGUUACUGCUUUGUCAUCUACGACAUCUUCCCCAGCUGCUGUAACUUCCACCCCAGCUACCAUAACCUCCGCCUCAGCUACCAUAACCUCCACCUCAGCUGGUGUAACUUCCACCCCAGCUACCAUAACCUCCACCUCAGCUGCUGUAACUUCCCUCCCAGCUACCAUAACCUCCACCUCAGCUGCUGUAACUUCCCUCCCAGCUACCAUAACCUCCACC